CAAUAUAAAUUCCCCUUUCUCUCUCUCUCUCUCUCUCUCUCUCUUCGUCACUUUGAACUCUUCUGGACUCUGCAACCCGUCUCCCAGCCAUACCCAUUCUUCUAUGCUUCUUCUUUGAUUUCUUCACGCCCAAUUAAUUGCAUCCGAAGUAACAACAAGGAUUGGUGUAGGAGAGGCUGUUCUGGAGUGAAAUUACUGGAGUUUGGUGUGUGGUAUGUGCCAUUAUUGUGGUGCUGUGAUAACAGAUUCAGAGGGCAAAAGGUUGGGGAAUGGUAAUUCGUUUGAUUUAGAUGAUUCUGGCACCGUGUGUAUAUGUAGAGUUUGCAAAGAGAACCAGGAGCUAGAAGCAAUGAAUCUGGAUAAUAAAAGUUCGAGUGAAGCGUUGAUGUUAAGUCCAAUGCCUUCGCUGUCGAGCUGCGAUAGUGAUUGUUCAACAGUGGCAAAUUUAGAUAUCAAGGAUGGUCAAGAAGGUACAACAAGAAGUAGCCAAGACAGCAUCGAUUGUAGGCAAGAAAGGAUGUCACAGAACUGGAGCGAAGUAGUUCAUAGCAACGGUCAGCUCAGUGGAAGAGAUGAUGAAAGUGUAAUCACAAUUAGCCAAGAGGCAACACACAACGGCUCUGGUGUUCGUGUCAAUGCGGAAAUUGAGCAAUCCCAUUCUAAUUGGUUGGAUACUGAUCUGUGGGAUCCUCCAGAGCCAGAGGACCCACAGGAUCACGUGGAGGGUGGGAUGGGUUAUGAUGACGACGAUGACGACGAGUUUGAUGACAGCACAGAAUGGAACACGUCAAGUUCCUUUAGUCGCUCUGUCGAUGAGGCCAGUAUCAGCUAUAGGAUUAAAGAGCAAAAACAAAGGGCAAUGCAACAGAUUAUGAAUGGGAAGUUCAAGGUGUUCAUUGGUCAUCUUCUUAAAUUCGUAGGCGUUGCCUCAUCAGGGGAGGGUAGUGAAAAUUGGGUGGAUAUAGUUUCUUCUUUGUCCUGGGAAGCUGCCACAUUUUUGAAGCCUGUAGUAAAUGGUAAAGCGGUGGAUCCAGAAGCUCAUGUGAAAGUAAAGUGCAUUGCAACAGGAACUCGCAGCCAAAGUCAAUUUGUCAAGGGUAUGGUAUUCAAGAAGCAUGCAGCUCACAAGCACAUGCCAACACAUUGUAAGAACCCAAAGUUAAUACUGAUUGAAGGCAUGCUUGGUGAGGCUCCAAUAAGUAGACUGUCUUCAUUUAAUUCAAUGGAUCAGGAAAAUGAUUUUACGAAGCAUGUUAUAGAGAUGAUUGAAGUUUGCACCGCAAAUGUGAUUUUAGUUGAGAAAACUACAUCACGAGUUAUCCAAGAAGCAAUGCUCAAGAAAGGCAUGACAUUAGUGCUUGAUAUGAAGCUCCACCGUCUGGAGAGAAUAGCUCUUUGUACUGGUUCACCAAUUUUGACAUCUGAAACUUUAAUGAGCCAAAACACCAGACAAUGUGAUGCUGUUUACUUCGAAAAAAUUGUAGAAGAACAUGCUGGUCUUUUGGAGGGAGGAAAGAGGCCAACUAAAACUUUAAUGUUUAUUGAGGGCUGUCCAACACGUUUGGGUUGUACGAUUUUGCUGAAAGGAGCUCACAGUGAUGAAUUGAAGAAGAUAAAGGUUGUCGUGCAGAUUGCUGUUGUUAUGGCAUUUCACUUAAUGUUAGAGACUUCUUUCCUUGUUGAUCAGCGAGCUAUGUUUGCAACUAUUCCAUUUGGUGGAGUACCAGCUACUGUUUCAUCCGAUCCACAAUCACCUUUAGAGCCUUGUAGCCCAAAUGCACAAGGGGCUUCUAACGGAUCAAACCUGGAGGGGGAACCAUAUAAUGCUGCCAUAUUUUCUGGACUCUCAUCCAUUUCUGAUUCAUUAAAGAGAGUCAUGGGAGAAAGUUUUUUCUUAGCUUCUCCCUGUCAGUCGUUUUCUUCUUAUUUUGGACAUGGAAAAGACCUGAGUGGCUUGGUUGCCAAGUCUGACUCAAUUCCCUCUACUCCACCGGAAGCUGAUCAAUUUGAUGUGGAAGUUAGGGGUAGUUCUGAUGAAGAGAAUUCAAUUCAUGAACAGUUUGUGCCCCAUCAAUCAACCUUUGAUGAAGGGUUUGGAUUCCAUGAAACUGCUCCAAACUAUUCUGAAGACAAACUGCCGAAGAAGACGCCAUUCAAUUCUCAGAGUAUUUUGGUUUUGAUGUCGAGCCGAAAUGCUUUGAAGGGAACCAUGUGUGAGCAAAGUCAUUUUUCACAUAUUGUGUUCUACAAGAAUUUUGAUGCUCCUCUCGGGAAAUUUUUACAAGAAAAUUUACUAAAUCAGAAGAACGUCUGCACUGUAUGUGGUGAACUGCCGGAAGCUCACUAUUACUAUUACGCACAUUCUCGAAAGCAGCUUUGCAUUCAAGUCAAACAGCUUCCAGUCGAUAAAGUUUUGCCAGGUGAAACAGAAGGAAAACUUUGGAUGUGGAGUCGUUGCAGUAAAUGUAAAUCUAAGGGAGGACCUUCAAAGUCCACAAAAAGGGUGCUGAUCUCCACGGCAGCACGUGGCUUGUCAUUCGGAAAGUUUUUGGAGCUUUGUUUCUCUGAUUGUACUUUACCUAGUAAAUCAUCAGUUUGUGGUCAUUCAUUGUUCGGGGACUUCCUCUACUUCUUCGGACUGGGCAAUAUGGUUGCUAUGUUCAGAUAUACGGAGGUAGCAAUAUAUACUGUCUCUAUGCCUCCUCAGAAACUGGAGUUCAACAAUUCAAUGAGACAAGGUCAUCUCAUCACAGAAACUGAAAAUGUUUAUGAGAAAGGGAUGAUACUUUUCACUGAGAUUGCGCAGUUUCUGAAGAAGAUCAUAUCCGAACGUAAAAGUUCAACUGUAAACGACUUUUCUUUGUUAGAAGAAAUGUUGAACGAAGAAAGAUCAGAAUUUGAGCUAAAUAUUCAAAGUUCUCUUACUAAGAAAGGAAACCCGGACUUCCCUUUUCACAAAUAUCUCAGUCUGAAUCGAUUGCUCUGGGAGCUGCUACUAGAAUCAUGUAUUUGGGAUAAACGCUUGCAAUUAUUAACAUCACUGGGCGUUACAAUAAACUCUGGCACCUCUGAAAAUGUUGAGCCUGAACCAGUCAGACAUGAGGGAUUAGAAUCAAUUGCACAAACUGAUGAUAGAAACGUUCAGCAAGAUGUAUCAGUCGAUGAAAAUGCAUUACAUUCGAAGGAAAUUGCAGUCGAACAUUUGGAUGGAGAGUCUGAUGGUGAUGAACUUGGUUUACCUUCGGCGACUGAAGUCACAGAGAUACCAAUUAUGGAUGAUCUGAGCCCCAAACAACUUUCUCGCCAAGGAUCGUUGUUAAAUGGCUUCAACCGUCGCCAUUCGGAUGAUGAGGAUCCUCAAGCAGGAAGGGUUCUGUCAUCUGGUGAUAUUCCAAGUUCAACUGGUAAUUUGACCUCGGACAAAUUGUUCUGGACACCAUUUUCGGAGAUCCAGCAAAUGCGCAUGAGGGACAUCCAGAGAAGUUAUUUUCCCGAACUCAAAUCCAUCAGUAACUAUACUCCAAAACUCUUACCCACAGCCCAUGAAUUCAUCAACAAAGAAGGACAGAAGCUACACAUUUUUCUUUCAAAUGAGAAGUUUAUUGUUUCAGAUUACGAGGGCGAACUCUCGAGCAUAGUUGCUUGUGUACUUGCUUUGUUGAAGGAUCUAUCCCUUGAAACAGAUCUUCAUAAUGAGGAUAGUAAGGGAGAGGGUCUAAAUAAAGUUCCCUCCAGUGGAUCCUCAGAUUCUGAUUCGAGCGUCACUUCAGAAGAACAUCAGUUCUCAAGUUUUGACAGGUUAAAUUUGUUGGAUUCUCUUCUCCCAAAGACUUUCAAGCGAGCCGAACAUGAAGGGGUCAUAAAGUCACUAGCAAAGGGAAAAUAUCUUGUGAAUUGUCCAUAUUUCAAUCAGUUCCGUGAUCUUCGUAGACGAUGCUGCCCAUCUGAGCUCCAUUACAUAGCUUCCCUAAGCCGUUGUAUAAACUGGAAUGCAAAAGGCGGGAAGAGCAAAUCUUUCUUCGCCAAGACACUUGAUGACAGGUUCAUUAUUAAAGAAAUUAAAAGGACCGAAUAUGAGUCAUUUAUGAAGUUCGCUCCCGAUUAUUUCAAGUACAUUAAUGAAUCAUUUGACAUGGGGAACCAGACCUGCCUCGCUAAAGUUCUUGGAAUCUAUCAGGUAACAGUGAGAGAGCCCAAGAGUGGAAAAGAGGUGAGGCAUGAAUUGAUGGUCAUGGAGAAUCUCAGUUUCGGUCGCAACAUAAUUCGCCAAUAUGAUCUUAAAGGAGCUCUACAUGCUCGAUACAAUCCAGCUACUAACGAUUUUGGUGAAGUCCUCUUAGAUCAGAACUUUGUGAAUGACAUGAACUCAUCUCCCCUCUAUGUUAAUAAUCAAGCAAAGCGUCGGUUGCAACGGGCAAUUUGGAAUGAUACUGCUUUUCUCAAUUCUAUGAAUGUUAUGGAUUAUUCUCUGCUUGUCGGGGUCGAUGCCAAGAAGAAGGAACUUGUAUGUGGGAUUAUCGAUUACCUUAGACAAUACACGUGGGAUAAGCAACUAGAGACAUGGGCGAAAUCCUCCCUGAGACCGAAAAAUGUUCUGCCCACAGUUGUCUCUCCGAAGGAGUACAAGAGGAGAUUUAGAAAGUUCAUGUCUGCACACUUCUUGAGUGUCCCAGAUAAUUGGUGCCAGCAGCAGAAUCUCCAUGGGCCAUGGGGAGCCUGUGGUGGCACCAUAGAUCAUGCUUCUUCCCAGACGAACGCCGAAGAAAAUGAUCUCUCUUCUUGAAGCCCAUAGGGGCAGCAGGGGCUUCUCUGCUCGGUUUCGGUUUAACAUUAUAUAUCUAUCUAUCGAAAUGGAAAAAAUGAGGUCUUUGACUAAAGUUCAUGGCUGCUGCUGCUUCAUUAUAGUUGCAAGUUCACUGUAGUGUAAAUAGAUGGUGGGCAUGGCAAGGUCAUUCAUGAAUUUGCCCUGAUAUUCUGCAAUUUUUUAGCAAAAUUCUAGGGUGGUGAAGUUGUUGUAGGCUCAGGUUGUCCAGUUGAGGGGCAAAAAAGUAAUUGUCUAGUAAAAGUGUAUAGGUUAAGAUUUGUUGAUUUUUCUGAUAGAUUAUAUCCAUUGAUGAUGUUCAUUCAUUUUCACAAAGAAUCAAAUAUAUAAAUAUUUUUCUACUUAA